CGUGAAAACAACAAGCUGUCAUUUUGGUCAACUGGGAGAGUGGCGCGACGGGCGCGACAUUCUGUGCACAAUUCAGUUGGGAUUUUUUUGAAUUUGCUUCACAAUGCGGAGCGCAACCGUAAACAAAUUGGAUGUAAAGCUUAAUUUGGAUGUGAACACGGAGGAAUCAUGCUCACGCAUUCUCCAAACUGCUAUCGGAAUUAUACUGUUUCAGCGUGAUCAGAUUCCCUUGUGCUAUGAUUUGUUAAAAAAGGCUGUGGAGAUAUUAAUCCAGAAAGAAACAACUGAGAAUGAGCAACAGCGAAGUGGGUUGGAUUGUUAUCAAUUGAAGAAACAACGCAAGAUUGCGAUAGGAAUGUGGGAUAGAUUGCAAUAUUUGUUUGGGGAAAUAUCUAAUGCCACAAAAAAGUGCACGGGAAAUAUGCGGAUAUCCCUCCUGUUUGGAUCAACUAUCUACACAGCAAAAGAAGCCUUCCAAAUAGAUGUACCGACAGUCAAUAGAAACCAUUAUUCGGCUCAUCAUCGCAAUGCUUUAGAACCAAUUUUAAAACAUCUAGCACUGGAAAUGAUGCUAACGGACGAAUUUCAACCGAGCGGUAAGAUAUCGGGCCCAACGAAUAUAUUUAUAUUGCUUGGCGUUACACCAGGUUCAGACCAAGAAAACAAUAGUACUGAAACAACGACUGCUUGGCAAAUAAUCGAGAAUUAUCAGCUGCCGAUAAAUUGUCAUAAAUAUGAGAUAAAUGUAUCUCAACGGGAUAGUAACACGCAUCUACACUGCUGCAAGGAAAUGGAUGUAUUUGAUGACUUAGUACAAGCCCUGCAGCUCAACCAAAAUGAUACCCCUGCGGUCAAUUUAAAUGGCAACGGAGAUUUGACCAACAGCACUGAAUUCGUUUGGUAUCAAAUAGGAGAUCCGCUGAAAGGAUAUAAAGAAGUGCUAAUAAGAGGAAAAUCAAUGUGGGACUGGGAGCUGUAAUUAUUAUGUAAAACUGACCCGGCAAACGAUGUUCUGACAUAUAAAUUAUUAUUUUGGGUGCUAAAUAAAACAUAACUAAUGCA